UUUAUUUAGAAAUUUUCUGGCUAUUAUACAGUUUAUAUAUUAGUGUGACACAUUAUUGUUGCCUAAUUUGUGUUUCAAAGUGUUUUAAAAAUUAAAUGGCAGAAAGUAGCGCGCAAAAUAACAGCGAAAAAACUGCGACCAAGAAUCAAGAUCAAACGCAGGACGUAAAUAAUCCCCAAUUUCGCUUGCUCACGCGUGUUAAAUUCUGGCAUUUUGUGGGCACCGAAGAGGAAGCUGUACAGAAAGAGAUACACGAAAAGCGCUUGGAGAAUCUUCGUAAAGAAUUGGUUGGAUUGAAAAAUACCGAGUGGCAAUACGAUCCAAUCACGAAGCAUAUCGGCCAAUCGUAAAAUCUCAACAUGUGGCCCAAAUUCGAUUAUAUUUUCAAUUUCUUUUACCCGAAAAAUGACGCCGAUGACAUCAAGAAAGAGUUGGAAAGAGUAUUGGAGCUGGCACAGACGGAAUGUCAAGAAUAUCAGGAAGCGCAUUGCAUUAAAAAUGAAGAUGAUGAGUUAGAUGAGAUAACGGAAGACAAAUGUGUCUUAAGUAACGGUAAAAUAACGUCAUUGAGCCACGAAGCCGGUAUGAUAAAUCGGGAUAUACCGUUUUCACUAUCCAAAGCGUACGGUCUUCAUUUGAGCGAAGGGCAAACCGUAUCAUACAUGUGGUAUAAGGCUGACAACGAUGUGGUCAAAGUUUGCAGAAUCGUCAAAAUUAUCGAAGAGAAUUGGAAUGAACCUCUAACCGACGAAGCCAUAGAAGAGGUCCGAAGGCAGCGACCAGAAGUGUUUUCAACGUAUUUAGUUAGUAAAGUGGGAUUCAUUAGUCGUAAACUUAGGGACAUCAUCGAUGUAGAUGUCGAAGGUGAAGAAUCAAAGCAAACAUUUUCGUUGGAUGAUAUCGAGGCAACAUUUACUCCGCGCAGAUACGAUCAAGUCACGAUUGUUUGCAAAGUUCAACGCGAUCCAAAGCUGCUCGAUGAGGCUGGAGUUACUAUCGAAGUUAUCAAAAUGGAACCCAACAUCACCAAACAAUAUACGGGUACGAUAACAAAUGUUACGCAAGGUCAACAUGGACUCAUUGCUGAAAAGUUCUUGUUCUUCUGGGAUGCGCUAGUUAGUGAUUAUCGGGUUGUGAACGUGGGCGACAAAGUCACAGCCGAAUGCAUUCAAUGUGAAAUAGUGGAUGCGUCUGUGUAUGAGUUUCGGUGUUUGAAGGUGGUUCUGAUCGAAAGUGUUGUUCAGGUCGAAAGUGAAAGCCAGAUCUUUCAACCCGUCAUAAAACCAGCUGAGAACAAAAAUGGAAUCGAAAUGUCGGACAAUGUUACGAUUGAGCUCAACGAAAUAAACGAAAUCAAAGAAUUUACAAUGCUCGUGAAAAAUACUGCCGCAGUGGCUCAGAAAGUGCUGGAGACGGUUUUCGUCGGCAGGAAGUCUGAAUCGCAGCUGACACUUAUCUCACCAGCCCGGAAUCACUCAUUCGACUUACAGCCCAACGAGGAGACGAUGUUCAAGUUCCAGGCGAAAGGGAGAAUAUUUGGCGAAUCUCCACCGGAAAAGUUUUACAUCCGAUUCAGUGGACCAGCUGGCGUUUUUAAGAUCUUCCGAAACAUUAUCGUCAUCUUACAAGACGUCGAGCAAAUUCAUCCAUUCAUUGGAACCGGAUCUAAUGUGCAGAAAAAUUUGUCAUACACGCAAAGAGUAGCUCGGAUGGAUGCAACACGCAGCACCAUACAAGGUGUGCCUGUAAUAAAAACGGCCAAUUUCGUCAAAACAAAAUUCAAGCAGUGGGCAGUGCCGGAUUCUAUGAAGGCAAUAGUAAACGAUCCGAAAAAUUCGCGCAAUUACAUUAACGAAACGUUGGAUUCCUUUUGGCCACUGCUAAAGGCCAAUCUGGACGUCACAGGCUAUUGCAGAAUCUUUCACACUUUGCUUCAUCUGGAAGAAUGCGAAAUGUACCACAAUAUGCGCAGAUACGACAAGAAAUCGUUCUUCAAACGGGAAGGAGAGUAUUUAUCUCUGACCGUUCAAAAUAUUGCUGAGAGUCGACCAUCUUUGGUCAUUGGCGACUCUGUAAAAGUUUUUAGUCCGUUCUCGUCACAAGCACCGGGACAGGAAAAGGGCUUUGAAGGAUGCAUCCAUGGCGUGAAGAAAGACAGAAUCUUACUCAAAUUCAACGAUGCCUUUCACGCCAAAUACAACUCUGAAGAUUACAACAUUUAUUUCUACUUCUCGCGAACACCACUUCGAAAACAACACCAUGCUAUCGACCUAAUUAAAAAUAAAUUGCCAGAAAUCUUAUUCGCAAACAAAGUCGUCACGAAAGAGAAGCAACUCGACGUUCAGUUGAAUGUAGAGACUGGUGAACUUUUGUUGCAGAGUUCAGUCAUACCGUGGUUCAAUCCUGAGCUGAAUAUUGUGCAGAAACAAGCCGUCACGAAUAUUUUGCAAGGAGUUGCACGUCCUUUACCCUAUGUCAUUUUUGGUCCACCCGGCACAGGAAAAACGGUCACACUCAUCGAAACGAUCUUACAACUGUACAAAAAAGUGCCGCACAGUCGGAUUCUAGUUGCCACACCUUCCAACAGUUCAGCUAAUUUGAUAACAGAGCGAAUUGUCGAAAGUGGAGCGUUAAUGCAGGGUGAAUUCAUACGACUGGUGAGCGAGAACAGCAUUCAGAAAGAAACGAUUCCGGAAAGUAUCAUUCGCCAUUGCGGUACCAUUGACAUAGCGAGAGAAGAAACGACCGACGAUGGUAUCAAACUUACCGUAUCCGGAUUGAAAAUGAAUUGCAAUAGCAAAUAUUUGAGAUUGCGUCGGGUGCUGAUUGGAACGUGCAUUACACUGGGAACGCUAAUGCAGUGCGAUUUUCCUGAAAAUCAUUUUACUCAUGUCAUAAUUGAUGAGAGUGGUCAAAGUAUGGAGACGGAAAUCGUUAUUCCAAUGUCGUUUGUUGACAAGCGCAACGGACAGAUUAUACUCGCUGGAGAUCCUAUGCAAUUGGGUCCAAUUGUUUUGAGCAGCUAUGCAAAGAGUCGCGGUCUAGAUCAAUCAUACUUAGUACGAUUACUGGAACGAACUCCGUACAAACCGGACCCAGAGAGAUUUGAACGUCGCUUCGAUCCGAGGCUUAUUACCCGAUUAGUGUUCAACUAUCGGUCUCUUCCAAGCAUAAUGAGCAUCUACAGUGAAUUAUUUUACGAUUCCGACUUGAAGGCAAUGGUCAACGACGUGGACAGCAUCGAAGCCGAAUUGGUGAAACGAUUGCGACCAAUUUUCUUGCAUCCAGAGCAGGAAAAUGUCACUCAAGGUGUUAUUUUCAUUGGCGUUCAAGGUAAAAGUCAACAAUGUGCCGAUUCGCCGUCCUGGUUUAAUGCCGCUGAAGCAAAUAAUGUUCUGCAAUUUAUGAUGAAACUCAUGAAGUAUGGCUGUGAUGCGGACGACAUUGGAAUCAUCACACCGUACACACAACAAGUGAAAACGAUCCGCAAUAUAAUUGAAAGUACGGACCUAAUUGCGCCGAAAGUCGGUACCGUCGAAGAAUUUCAAGGGCAAGAGCGCAAAAUCAUUUUGGUGUCAACGGUACGAACGGUGGGUCGUGAGAUACGUCAAACCGAUAAAAAACACAAUUUGGGCUUUGUCAAGAGUCCGAAGCGCAUGAAUGUUGCGAUUUCGCGGGCCAGAGCGUUAUUGGUUAUAUUUGGCAGUCCUCGGAUUCUUGUGCAAGAUGAAAAUUGGAAGUUUUUGAUUGAACAGUGCGCUAAAAACGAUUCGUGCAUGAGUUUUGAUCCUGCAAUACUGAAUGUAAAAGCGGUAAAUGGAGGUCGUGACGACGACGACGAUGAUGAUGAUGAUGACAAUUGAAGUCUAUAAAUGAUAAGGUGAACCAUUUCUUUCCUCAUUUCCUUUUUUUUAAAUAUAAAUUUUCUUAAUAAAUUGAAUUUUUUAUGAUGAAAC